GCAGCAAAAUCAACCCCAGACAGCCGGCGUCCAACCUGACAACCGCAACCGUCCCUCCCCACGUUACCUGACCUUGCCUCCAAACCUUACCCAGCCCAACCCUCCGACCUCCAAUAUUGUGUGGUUGCAUUGAUUUUUCUUUGGUCUCUUCUUUUUCCUAUUCAACCUUUCUACCCUCACUGAAGUUGCGCAGCUUUUUUGCUGCUCUUCUUCCAGUGAAUUUUUCUACCUGCAAACACUUAACUCCCGGGCCUUCCGCAUUUGCGCGCGGCCAUGCUCUAGUAGCUCAAAGAAGCAUCAUCUUCCACAUUGCACUUCAUCCAUCAUGGAGGCUAGGAAGGUAGUCGAAAACGUUCAGUGCAUCAACGGAGGACUCACCUCGGUCGGCACCUUGCGCUUGACCGAUUUCCACCUUGUCUUCUGCGCGCCGCCACCUCCCCCCAAGAACCAAACCGCCGACCAAGCCGAUAAACCUCCCCCGAAACCUCGAGAAUCAUGGAUCACCUAUCCUAUUCUAUCGCAGUGCAUACUCCGACUCAUGCCUCCAACUCAUGGCAUUCACAGCUCUAUCCGCAUCCGCUGUCGCGACUUCAUCUUUGUCACUUUCAAUUUUGAGGACAAUAACGUUGCUCGAGACGUCUUUGAGUUUGUGAAGCUCAGAACUUGCAAACUGGGCACCAUCGAGAGGCUCUUUGCUUUCAGUCACAAGCCCUCCAAGGCCGAGCGACAGAUCAAUGGCUGGAGCAUCUACGACCCCAAAGCCGAGUUCCGGCGCCAGGGCAUUAGCGAGAAGUCGUCAGACAAAGGAUGGAGAAUCACCAACAUCAAUAAGGACUAUACUUUCUGCGACACUUAUCCCGCCGUUCUGGUGGUGCCCUCUUGCAUCUCAGACAACGUUUUGAAAUACGCCAAGGAGUAUCGUUCUAGACACAGAAUUCCCGCCCUGAGUUACAUCCACGCAGACAACAACUGCACUAUUACUCGCAGCUCGCAACCUCUUUCAGGCAUUACCAGGAAGAACAAUGUGCAGGACGAGAAGCUGGUUUUGGCUUCAUUUGCACCUAUCAUGCCCCGAAGCAGCAUUGAUCAAGACCAGCCUCCUCGCCUGAGCCAGUCAGAUAUCUCUGAAAAGUCGUCGACAGAUGGGGAGCUCUCUGAGCAGAUUGUCGCAGACGAUGAGCCCAAGAUGUUUGAUGAGAACGGCAAACGCCUCAUCUAUGGUGCCCAACAAGCCAAUAUGAUUGUCGACGCCAGACCUACUGUGAAUGCCAUGGUCAAUCAGAUUGGAGGAAUGGGGUCUGAGCCCAUGGACCGCUACCCAGGUGCCAAGAAAGCCUUCAUGAACAUUGAGAACAUCCAUGUGAUGAGGAAGUCGCUGGAGAGCGUUAUGCUUUGUCUCAAGGAUGCCGACCUGUCUCCAUUGUCUCCUGACCAGAACGCCUUGGCUGCCACCAACUGGCUGAAGCACACGCAACCUGUUUUGAAUGGAGCCGAUAUUGUCGCCAAGCAAGUAUGGCUGAAGCAGUCGCACGUCCUCAUUCACUGCUCCGAUGGCUGGGACCGAACCAGUCAACUUAGUGCUCUUGCACAGAUCAUGCUGGACCCUUUCUUCCGAACUAUCGAAGGGUUCAUUGUUCUUGUCGAGAAGGACUGGCUUGCCUUUGGCCAUAUGUUUAGGCUUCGAUGUGGCCACUUGAACCACGAGGACAACUUCAAGGUCCAAAACGACUCGAUGGCAGGCUCAACUAUUCAGCCUGGAGAGAAUGACGGCCGCGCAGAUGCCUUCCAGAACGUCUUCACUGGUGCCAGGCAGCUGUUCAAUCCCAGCAAGGAGGACAAGGCUGAACUCGAUGCCAUUACCGAAGGCUCUACCGGAAAAGUUGCGAAAGACGAGGCUACUGUUCCUAAGAUGGUCAGCCCUGUGUUCCACCAAUUUGUGGACUGCGUCUAUCAGCUUCUCCGCCAGAACCCGACUAAGUUUGAGUUCAAUGAGAGAUUCCUUCGUCGACUGAUCUAUCAUCUCUACUCCUGUCAAUAUGGCACCUUCCUCUACAACUCCGAGAAACAGAGACACGAGGCUCGUGCCUCUGAGCGCACUUCUUCGGUCUGGGACUACUUCUUGUCCCGCAAGCCAGAGUUCACCAACAAGGACUAUGAUCCGACCUUCGAUGAGUAUGUUAAGGGCCGCAGCCGUAUCAUAGUGCCUGAUAUGACCAACAUCCGCUGGUGGCACCAACUCUUCAAUCGGACUGACGAGGAGAUGAAUUCGCAUCUCAACGCCGUAGCGACCGCUGCAGCCAACAGAGCUACAGCCAUGAACGAACUGCACCCAACUACGGAGGAUUCUUACGCGAAUAGCCAGCCUGGCACUCCGCCCCAAUCCGCCGCAAGCCCCAAGCCGCCUUCUCUCCCUACCAGCCAGUCGGUUCUGGGAGGUGUAGAGAACACGCACACUACUUUGACGCCCAAUUAUCAAGAGCGACAGGCCCCGGUUCUGCGUCGAAGUGUGUCGGCCGAGAACUCCAAUGCGUUCAGUGCAGUGAGAGAUGGAAUUGCUGGCUUGAACAUUGGCAAAAACGUCAGCGGAAUGCUGAACAAUCUGGCCGGACGUAACGCCAGUCCUGCUUCCACUUCGAGGGUUACAAGUCGCAGCGAGCAAGAGCUCCGGGAGAUGACAUAGGGCGUCAUGUUCGAACGAAUGCACGACGCGCCUUAUACCGUCGAGGUGACUAGUGCUACAAUGAAACUCGACGCCGAGCUCUUCUACCAGGAGAAUUGGGCUGACUCAACUUAUACGUUGAGCAACUGGGGCGAUUCAACAAUCUGGGAAUGGGGUACCAAAGCCGUCGCCAACGUCGCCAACUUGAGCAACGACUGGUCAAACUUGACCGAUGGCUUGGCCGAGGACACCCCUCAUGGAGAUGCUUGCGCUGACAAUAUCGCCCGCGAUGAUGAUGAUGAUGGCGUCUGCGUCACUGGAGAUGCGUCAACCGACAUUGACGCCGGUUCCGACGCGUCCUCGAUUCAUUCUCUCGAUCGUGUCACGACGGGGGAUGUUGCCGAUGUUGGCAACUUUAUUUUGGUAAACACAAACAAAGAGGCCAUGUCUGCCGAGAACGGCGGGUCUAUGACUCCCAGCCACUAGCCGCACAAGACUUCCUAGUUCAACAUUUCAGGAGUUUAGCAUGUACUUGCUGCAUUUUCACCGCACGACUACGAAGGGCACGAAAGAAAUAGGGUCUCUCAGCGAACGCAAUUCCAACACCUUUGCCUCGGAGGGGACAAACUGAUUUACGGCUUUCCAUGACAGCGAGCCGGAGUUUUGUACAAUUAUUACGACUUUUUUCUUCUUCUUUUCCGCAUCCGCCCCUUUUUCUCUCGACGUUCGUCAUGCUGAAUACACAGCAAUUCUUUUACCCCCAGCUCUGUUUUCCGGCGUCCAAGAGGUGUGAUUGCGUUCAAGACUGGUAAAGGGAGGGUUCAAACGGGGAUCAGGGGAUGAAAUGGAUUCGUUCAUACAGCAGCAACGCGGUUUGGAAGGGCAUGGGGGCAAGAGAAAAGUUUGCGUGAAUGGACAUACGCACAGGGAGACACGAGAGCGAAACAGAAAACGAGAGACGAGAGAUGGGAGAGAGGUGGAGAGGC